GCCCCAGCCCCCUUUUGUGGACUUAGGACCCAGGAGUCCAAGCUCUGCUCUCUCCAUUUGCUUCUGGACUGGUAGGGGACCCAGGCGUCCGGGCUCUGUCCCUGUUUGGUCACUUAUGGACAGGAGGACCCAGGAGGCCAGGCGCUGAGCCACAGCCCCCCGUUAUGCACUUAGAGAGGACCCAGGAGUCCAGGCUGUGCUCCGCCCCCAUUUACUUUGGACUUACAUAGGAUCCAGGCCUUCAGCCCCAGGCCCCAUUAGGGAUUUCUAGGGGACCCAGGGGUCUGGGUACUGACCCCCCAAACACUUUAUGGACUUACAGAGGACCCAGGAGUCUGGGCUGUGUCCCCCCCAUGUGUCGUUUUGUUUUUGGGGUGCAGGCAUACAGGUUCUGUCCCCCUCCCCAUUAUGGACUUCCAGGGGACCCAGGAGUCUGGGACCUAUCUCCCUCCCCCCCCCCUUUCUGGGGUGGGUUGCAUGUGGGGGGGAGGGGGGGGUGCUGUGUUGUGCUGUGUGUGUGCCCCCCCGUGGGAAUCCAGGUGGCGGGAGGGGGCAUUGCUGUGCAGAGACCAAUACAGGCCGUGCCGCACCCAGUCUCCGGCUCCGCGUGGUUCUUGGGCGGGGACCCAGGCGCCCGCCACCCCCCCCCAACCACGACAUUCCCAGGCUCUGAGCUCACCGCCGGGCUCCAGGCCCAGCAUCCUCAGGGUGGGGACACAGGCAUCCCCUCCGCCCCCCCCCCCAAGGAUCCCAGGCUUCGGGGCUCCCAAACCCCCUACUCCCAUCCCUCCCGCCCCAGGGAAGUCCGGCGUCCAGGCUCACAACGCCCUGCUCCCACCCCAGGGAAGCCAGGCGUCCCGGUGCUCCCCCCACUUCCCCUCUCUAUCAGAGAGCCCAGGCGUCCGGGCUCCCAUCCAACCCCCCCGCAGGGAGCCCAGGCGCCCCGUUCCCAUACAUGGUCAGCGCGGGGCCCGGCCGGGAAGCGGCGUCACGGGCUGGGGGGGCAGGGAGGGAGGGGGGCACCAGGGCUGGGACCCUCCCCCCAACCCCCCAGCCGCCGGGAAGUGGGGACGCGGCGCCGGACAGGGCUAUGGACGACCUGGGUGACAACCUCGGACCUGGCCCCGCCCCCAGGGGGUGACAAAGAGCACCUCUACAGCACGGUGGUGAAGCCGAGGCCACCGGCCCCAUCCCCACCCCCUGCAGCAGUCCUGGCCCCGGGCCUGGGAGAGCUGGACCGGCUCCUGCAGCAGCUCAGCGCCACCCAUGGCUCCAUCGCAGAUGAGAUCCUGGCCCAGUUCCCGCCCAGCCAUGGGCCCGAUGGGGACAAGGAGACGGAGCCUGGAGACGGGGGGUCACCCAGACGGUCUCCUAGCUCCUCCCCUCCGCCCUCGAAGCCUUCGGCCACCUCAGCCACGCUGGAGCUGGACAAGCUCAUGGCCUCCCUCUCCGACUUUCGGGUCCAGAGCAAUCUCCCCGGGGCCCAGCAGGCGGUGGUGACCCCAGCCCCGCCACCUGGUGAGGGGUCGCUGGACUCGAUGCUGGUGCUGCUGCAGUCAGACCUGAGCCGCCAGGGGGUACCCACGGGCGCCAAGGGGCUCUGCGCCUCCUGCCACAAGCCAAUUGCAGGCCAGGUGGUGACAGCACUGGGCUCGCCAUGGCACCCCGAGCACUUCGUGUGCGCGCAGUGCGGCGCGGCGCUCGGCGGCUGCAACUUCUUCGAGAAGGACGGCGCCCCGUACUGUGAGCGCGACUACUUCCAGCGCUUCGCCCCCCGCUGCGCCCGCUGCCACCAGCCUAUCCUGGACAAAAUGGUGACAGCGCUGGACCAGAACUGGCACCCAGAGCACUUCUGUUGCGUGAAAUGUGGGAAGCCCUUCGGUGAUGAAGGCUUCCACGAGAAAGAGGGGCGCCCAUACUGCCGCGACGACUUCGCCGAGCUCUUCUCGGCACGGUGCCAGGCCUGCAGCGCCGCCAUCUUGGACAGCUACAUCUCUGCUCUUGGUGCCCUCUGGCACCCGCACUGCUUCGUCUGCCGGGAGUGCUACGCGCCCUUUGCGCAGGGCAGCUUCUUCGAGCACGGGGGCCGCCCCUACUGUGAGCGCCACUACCACCAGCGCCGCGGGUCGCUGUGCGGCGGGUGCGGGGGCCCCAUCGCCGGGCGCUGCGUCACCGCCAUGGCGCGGCGCUUCCACCCCGAGCACUUUGUCUGUGCCUUCUGCCUGCGCCCGCUGACCAAGGGCACCUUCCAGGAGCACGGCGCCAAGCCCUACUGCCAGCCCUGCUUCCUCAAGCUCUUUGGCUGAGGUCCUGCUCUCCUUGGCAGAGGCUGCGCCCACUGCCUGGGUAGAGGAUGCACCCACUUCCUGUUUGGGGACCCCUAUUUUUGGGUUGGGGGACUGACACCCACUUCCUGGGUGGGAGACACACCCACUUCCUGUUUGGCGACCCCUGUUUUUGGGUGGGGGUGGGCCCACACCUACUUUCUGUUUGGGACUUCCAAAAAUGCAGGUCCACAAGCAGGAAGUAGACCCCACUCACAUUUCCUGUUUGGGGACCCCCAUUUCCAGACUGGGGUGGAGCUACGCCCACUUCCUGGGUAGAAACUCUACCCACUUCCUGUUUAGGGACCAUCAUUUUUGGGUUGGGGUGGAGCCACACCCACUUCCUGAGUAGAGUGCCUGCCCACUUCCUGUUUAGGGACCCCCUUUUUGGGUUGGAGUGGAGCCACACCUACUUCCUGGGUAGGCCCCAUACCCACUUCCUGUUUGGAGACCCCCAUUUCCAGGUUGGUGAGGAGCCAUACCCACUUCCAGGGUAGAAGAUUCACCCACUUCCUGUUUGCUGACUCAUUUUUGGGUUGGGGUGGUGCCACACCCACUUCCUGAGUAGCGUCCCUGCCCACUUCCUGGUUGGGGACCUCCAUAUGCAGGUUGAGCCACACCUACUUUCUGGAUAAAGGCCACACUUGGGAAUCUCCAUUUUUGGGCUGGGGUAGAGCCACACCCACUUCCUGUUUAGGGACCUCCAUUUCCAGGUGGGGGUGGAGCCUCACCAACUUCCUGGUUAGAGGCCCUGCCUACUUCCUGUUUGGGGACCCUACCUCUGGGUUAGAGACGGAGCUCCACCCACUUCUGGGAAAAAGGCCCACCUACUUCCAGCGGGAAAGGCCCACCCCUGUCAGGGUUGGGGACCACACUUUGGGGUCAGGGGGCAAAGGCCCGCCUACUUCCAGGUUCAAAGACUUGGCCACAUCCAGGUUGAGGGCAAAGCUCCACCCCUUUCUAAGGUCAGAACCCCACUUCCGGGCUGGGGGCAGAGCCACACCCACUUCCUGCAUGGAAGCCCUGCCCAGUCCUCACCCGCAGCACAGCCACGCCCACCAGCCCAAUAGGUGUCCAGGUAAAUCCCACCCCCAAGCACAGCCACGCCCAUCACCUCAAGCAGGCUCCACCUGCUUCUAAGGGGGAGGGCAGAGCCACAUUGACUUCCUGGAUGGACCAAGCCCAACCCACUUCCUGGAAGCCAUGGCGCUCCGUCUCUACCCCUGCACAAUGAAGCCAUACUCAAGAAGCCACACCCACCUAGCGUAGGGGCGGGGCAAGAUUUCCAUCCCACCACAGCCACACCCACUAGGCCCCGCCCAAGCAGACCUAGGCCCACCCGGGGAUGCCAACUUGAUCCACUUUGCUGCCUCCACCCCACAGCUGGUCGCAUUGCGGCUGCCCGCACGGUAUGGGGGCGGGGCAGGAGCCCGGGGGGUUGUUUUACCCACCCAGCCUCUUAUUGCCCCCUGCCACUGGAGGGAGGGGGCUGGCGGGCAAAUCCGGGGGGCGGGGGCGGGUGGGUCCUCCAGCACUGCUGUAGGAUGAGCACAAAUAAAGCCAUGUACCCACCACCCUGCCCCGCCCAUGGCUGCUGUGUGCUCUGAUUUGGCCACGCCAGGCGCUGUAGGGCCCUCCAGGGUGUGAUUGGGUGGCAUCAGUUGCUGUA